GAAGUUUCUCGUCCACCGCUCCACAUCACCGUCUGCAGAGUCUAGACAAGCAACCGACAUUUUCCACGAAACCCCCAUCGCGUUCACAUCACAUAAUUUUAGAGAGAGAAAAAGAAAGAAAGAAAGAGAGAGAAAGAACUUGAGUCGUCCAUAAUUCUUCGGUGGAUCAUCUUCUUCGCCGUAUAUUUACUUCAUCACUCGAUUCGCGCUCCUUUCUCCGCAUCAUCAUCACCAUUACAUGCUCUUCCUAUACUCUUCCUUCCCCAUUUCUUAGCUCAAUCAUCCGCAUACUGUCCAAUUCCAUUUUCCUUUCUUUCUAUCUAGUUACAAAUUACAAUCAAUUCAUAAUAUUUUAUUCACCCAAAAAUUCAUAAUAUUCAUUCUUUUUUUUCUUUCUAAAUGGACGAGUUUGGUGUUUUGGUUGAAAGUAUUGGGUUCAAGUCUCCAGUCAAAUCAACCCCAUUAGCCGAUUUGAAGAGCAAAAACAACAAAAUCAACAAUGGGUUCCCUCGAAAUCUCGGAAUCCAUUCUGGGUUCGACUCCAAAUCCUCCCCUGUAUAUAAUUCAAAUUCCAUUAAUGGGUCCUUCAAUCUUGACCUCGAUGGAAUUUUCCGAUCCACUCGUACUCAAAAAGAUCAGAAUUUUGGUAACUUUGAUGGUUUUGACGAUGUAUUUGGUGGACCUAUUAACACUUCCAAGCCAUCUGCUGGUGGUGAUGGUUUUGAUUUGGAUUCCAUUUUUAAGGGUUCUAAUAAUUUUGGUGUCAAGUCAACUGUAUAUAAUAUUGAUGAUGAUGAUAUCUUUGGAGGUAUUGCAAGGUCUAAGAGCUUGGGUUCGGGUAAUUAUGAUGAUGUGUUUGGGUCUUUUUCUUCGCCAUCGAAGCAGAGUGCUCAAGUUUAUGAUUUGUUAGGAGAUUUUGGUGGAAUGGGGUUGAGAUCAAAUGGUUCGGGGAAGAAAUCGGGAAAAGUGGAGAAGAAUGCUCGGGACUUCGAUGAUUUGAUACCGGGUUUUGGGGGAAGCAGCCAUUCGAGGAAUGGAGGAAAUUCAGAAUCAAGCUGGUCUACACUAUCAAGUGGUCAUUCAGCUAAAUCAACCUCCACUUCAGUAGAAGACCCUUUUGCUGUCUUUGAAUCUUCCCAAAAGGGAAGAUUUGAGACAAGUGCACAUGAUUUCGACUCCGUUUUCAGUAUGGGUAAUCAAUCAUGGAGUCAGUCCAUGCCUAAGUCUCCGACAGCAGACCCCGUGUUUGAUUCACUGUUCCAAAAUAAAGGAGGGCCUAGAGUCUCUCAGACCUCAUCCAGCACAAAGAAGGCUUCUCCCCAGACAAAUAUUGGUCAUGAAUUUUCUUUUCUUUUUGGAGAUGAGCCUUCAUCUAGGGAAUUUCAGGAAAUUAAAGGAGAAAGUGUAGAAAGACGACGAGCCAGAUUAAACCAUCAUAUGAGGACCCAAGAGCGAAUGGCAAACGCUUUGGCAGAAAAGAAUCAACGUGACUUUCAGACUCAACAGGAGCAAGAAGAGAGGAAUAGGAUUGCUGAAACUCUCGAUGACAAUAUAAAGCAUUGGGCUGCAGGGAAGGAAGGCAACUUGCGUGCAUUGUUAUCAUCAUUGCAAUAUGUGCUAUGGCCUGAAUGUGGUUGGAAGCCAGUUUCAUUGACGGACUUGAUUACUUCCAUCUCAGUGAAAAAGGUUUAUCACAGAGCUACCUUAUGUGUCCAUCCUGACAAGGUCCAACAGAAAGGUGCCAAUGUUCAACAAAAAUAUACUGCUGAGAAGGUUUUCGAUCUUCUUAAGGAAGCUUGGAACAAAUUCAAUUCAGAGGAACUUUAAGUACAAAUGUACAAUGGUUGAGCCAGCUAAAUUGUUUCAAUGCAAAUGGGCUUCGUGAUGAACUGCUCUAUCAGAACUUGGUUCCCUACAGAGAAACUUAGCUUAGAACUUGGCUCCCUACAGAACUUAGCUUGAAGGUAGAAAUCCACGGUGUGUAGAAGUACGGUUCUGUCAGUUGCAUAUUGGAAUUGUUGGUGGUUGCCGUGUAGUACUAAUAUUAAGAUAUAGAGAGAGUGUUAGGUGCAUGAUCUGUUGAAUGAAUACCAUUUUUUUUUUUUUUUUUGAUAUUGGAAUUGUUGAAUGAAUACCAUAUUAAUGCUCGUUAA